UCAAUAAAAGCUCGGUUCCGUCAACAAGGAUCUCCUCUCUUCUCUUGAUUCACCGACAACCGCCGAGCAUUCCUUCGAGUCGCCAACCAACAUGAAGCCGUCUGUCGUCGCCGGGCUCUUUGCAUCGGGUGCUGCCGCUCAGAGCGGUGCCUGGGGGCAGUGCGGCGGCAUUGGCUAUACCGGUCCCACCAGCUGCGUGUCUGGGUAUAGGUGUGUCUACGUGAAUGACUGGUACAGCCAGUGCCAGCCCGGCGCUGCCACAACCACCACCUCGCCGCCUGCCUCGAGCACGUCCACCCCGCCCACCUCGACGGGCACUGCUGGCGUUCGCUAUGUUGGCCGCGUCAACCCGAGCACCAAGGAGCUGAGCUGGCCAGGCACCGGCAUCUCAUUCACCUUCACGGGAACCUCCGCCACCAUCGGCAUCGCCUCCGUCAGCGGCACCAACAGCGUGGACCUCGUCGUCGACGACGGCGACCCCAUCGUCAUCACCAGCUUCGGCUCCAGCAUUACCACGCCCGCCGGUCUCUCCCAGGGCACGCACACCGUCACCCUCCGCAAGCGGUCCGAGGCCCUCUACGGCUCCAUCUUCCUCGGCUCUGUCACGACCGACGGCGCCUUCGUGGCCGGCACCGUCCCCACCCGCCAGAUCGAAAUCAUCGGCGACUCCAUCACCGUUGGCUACGGCCUCGACGGCACCAACCCGUGCACCAACAACGCGACCGUCGAGGACAACCCCAAAACCUACGGCGCCCUGGCCGCCGCCGCGCUCGGCGCAGACUACAACGUGAUCGCGUGGAGCGGCAAGGGCGUAGUGCGCAACGUCGCGACCGGCAGCCCAGACACCAGCCCGCUGAUGCCAGAGCUCUACACCCGCUACGGCGCCAACGACCCCGACAACAGCUACCCCUACCCGCCCACCUGGUCCCCGGACGCGGUGGUCAUCAACCUCGGCACCAACGACUUCAGCUACAUCGCGUGGGACGCAUCGGGCAACGCGUACGCCGCGCGCCCGCCGCUGAACGCGACGACGUACACCGACGGCAUGGUGGCCUUCGCGCAGAGCAUCCGGGCGCACUACCCGGCCGCGCACGUCUUCCUGGUCGGCUCGCCCAUGCUGAGCGACUCGUACCCGACCGCGGCGGACGCGCAGAAGACCACGCAGACGAAUGCGCUGAAGAGCGCUGUUGCGCAGCUCGGCGCGAACGCGCACUUUGUCGACUGGCCGACCCAGGGCAGCGAUGUGGGCUGCGAUUAUCAUCCCAAUGCGGCCACGCAUGCGGCUGAGGCUGCGGUGCUCGCGGAUGCGAUCAGGUCUGCGCUGGGAUGGUGAGGAGGGCCCGGGUGUGUGGUGUGUGAGGAGAGGGAGGGGCUGCUGC